CGGUCGUUUCUCCUCCUUCUCCUUCUUCUUCUUCUACAACCUGACACCUCCACCUCCACCCCAGAACCAUACAAAUAGAGUAAAAAUCACUCUUUUUUCAACCUCCGACACUCCGGUGGCCGUUUGGGCUCUGUUUCCAACAUGGGUUUCGGUCUGGAUCUUCGUUUUGACCUUGACGAUUGUGAUUUUCGGUGGCUGUCUGAGUUUUUACAGGGCAUGUUGAAACCGGUGGCUGCCCUGGCAGUGGUACUAAUGGCAGUGAUUUUGUCCCGCUGCCAAAAACUGGGUCUGGAGAAAGAAAUGGCAGUUUCUAUUUUCAGAGCAUUUCUCCAACUCUCUGUCAUUGGGUUCGUUCUUCAGUUCAUCUUUAACCAGGAAAACGCUGGUUGGAUCAUUCUUGCUUAUCUUUUCAUGGUCUCUGUUGCUGGAUAUACAGCUGGUCAACGAGCUAAACAUGUACCCCGGGGGAAGUAUGUUGCUGGAAUUUCUAUCCUGGCUGGAACGGCAGUGACCAUGUUUCUGCUUGUUUUGCUGAGCGUUUUCCCUUUUACGCCGCGGUAUAUCAUCCCUAUUGCAGGAAUGAUGGUGGGGAAUUCAAUGACUGUAACUGGGGUUACAAUGAAAAGACUCAGAGAUGAUAUCAAGAUACAAAUGAACCUGGUGGAGACAGCAUUGGCGCUUGGUGCAACUCCACGUCAAGCAACGCUACAACAAGUGAAAAGGUCAUUGGUUAUUGCUCUCUCCCCAGUACUAGACAAUGCCAAAACUGUUGGUCUAAUCUCACUUCCAGGGGCUAUGACUGGCCUCAUAAUGGGAGGAGCAUCCCCUCUAGAGGCUAUUCAACUGCAGAUUGUCGUUAUGAACAUGCUUAUCGGUGCAUCAACCGUUAGCAGCAUCAUGUCAACAUACCUGUGCUGGCCUGCCUUUUUCACCAAGGCAUAUCAGUUAGAAGCCAAGGUUUUCACUUCUGAUUGAAGCCUUUUUCUUUUUUCUUUUUGUAAUCUAAACUUUCACAAAUCCAACACUUAAAAUGAAAUGAAUAUGAUAGGUGUCAAGCUGUUAUCCCAUAAUUUAGAAAUUGUACAAUAUGUACCACUCUGGUUUUUGCCUUUGAUAAAUCUAUUGAAAUAUG